UCACUAAAUUCAGCAUGGCGAACUUGCGCGACGAAAUAUUGAAAUUAACAAAUCCAGUGCCAGUAUUUAUAGAUCCCGAAGACAAUUCAGACGAUGAGACAAGUGCCAAGGUUGUUGACCAAGGUAUAGACGAGUAUGAGGAAAUAACUCAGCCCAGUAAACUGCGACAGAAAACAGCAAUAAUAUUGGCUGAUUCAGAUAGGAGGUAUGCGGGGAAAAAGACAUCAAGGAAGAACUUGAGUUCAGAUGUCACUGAUGACAGUGGAGAAGAAUUGGGGAACAGUGAUGAUGAUGAUGAUGAUGAUGAUGAUGAUGAUGGUUCUGAUGGAAAUGACAAGAACUCACUUGAUGAUGAUGAUGAUGACAGUGAUGAUAUUGAUGAGGAAGAUGAUGAAAAUGUGAUGGAUGUAGGAGGUGUGGAUGAAGAGUUCAACAAAAAGUUCAGCAAAUUUGGAACAAAAGAGUUUGAGUUCAAAGAUGAUGGCGAUUAUGCAAAGUAUGCAGAUGAUGUUGAUGAAGAUAGUGGUGAUGACAGUGAUGAUCAGCAAGAUGAUGAUGAUGAUAUCAGUGAAGAUGAAGACAGUGGGAAAGGUGAUGAAGAUUUAAGUGAUGAUGGUGAUGACGAUGAUAUGGGAGAUGAGGAAAUUGAUAGCGAAGACGAGGGAAUACAGAAGUUCUCGUCAGCAGCAACAGAUGAAGUAGCCAAGGGUCAAGCUGCCAAACAACAGCUCGGUCUGUGGGAUACAUUACUGGAAGGAAGGAUUAAGCUGCAGAAAGCGGUUUCCAUAGUGAACCAGCUACCACAGAAAGAAGCCUGGAGAGAUUUCAGUGAGACAUCGGAAACAUUUGAAGAGGAGGCUGGAAAAGCUCAACAAGCUUUGGGGCACUUGCUAGGUAGCCUUGUACAUUUACAGGACCUCUUGCUGCAUCAGAAUGCAGAAACUAGAAAUAUUCUUGAGGGAAAACAGGCUAACACGAAAAAGCACACAGUGCCAGAAGACGAUGAUGACGAAGAGAUUCCAAGUGACACAGAUGAAGAGAUGGACAAACAAUAUGAUAAACCUAUGUCUACAACAAUGGUUAGAAAACGGAAACUAAAGUUUGACGAAUACCCUGACGUCUUGAAGAAAAGACACUGCAAUUUUCAGGAGUACAGAAAUGCUACCAUACAGAAAUGGUAUGACAAGACGAGGUUAGCAGCUGGGAAAGUGAAAGGAAAAUCUUUCAGUGCAUUUGAUCAGUCUGCUGUUGUCCAAAUCAACCAGAUUUUGGCUGAUAAAGAAAGACUUAUAAAGAGAACUCAGCUGAAGAGAACAGUGUACAGAGUUCUAGGUACAAAACCAAUACCUGACCAACCAGAGAUACUGCCUUCACUGCAGGGAGAAGAGCGCGUGUCAGACAGAGACAGUAGCAAAGACAAUGAUGUGGAGAUAUUUGACGACGAUGAUUUCUACCAUCAGUUGUUACGUGAGCUUAUAGAGAAAAAAACUUCUGAUGUCAGUGAUCCUGUAGCUCUCAGCAGGCAGUGGUUAGAGAUACAAAAGCUAAGGUCAAAGAAUAAGAAGAAGGUAGACAACCGAGCCAGUAAAGGAAGAAAAGUCAGGUAUGAUGUACACAAGAAGCUGGUUAAUUUUAUGGCUCCAGAGGAUAACUGUAAAUGGUCUCAAGAAGCCAGGGAUGACCUGUUCAAAUCCUUGUUUGGGAAGAGAUUUUCAACAAACCAAGUCUGAUACAGAUUGAUAUGUUGUGUAAAAAUCAGAGAAUUUAUUAAAGUAUAUAAGAUGGA